CGUAUUAUCGAGAACCAACAACUUGUUCUUUCCAAUAUGUCUAUCAACGAAAGUGAGGCCGGGAAACGCGUAGGUGACUUCAAUCUGUCUCCGACGACUUUGCUCAAGAUUCAGAAAGGAGAUAUUACUCGUUGGUUCAUUGAUGCCUCCUCCGACGCAAUUGUAAAUCCAGCAAAUGAGCGGAUGCUUGGUGGUGGUGGAGCUGAUGGAGCAAUACACGAUGCUGCUGGCCCAGAACUGAGAACAGCAUGUUAUGGUGUCCCGGAAGUUCGCCCUGGAGUUCGUUGCCCAACUGGAGAAGCAAGAAUCACCCCAGGGUUUGAAUUGCCUGCAUCUCAUGUAAUCCACACUGUUGGACCCAUUUAUGAUGCCGAUAGCAAUGCUCCAGCCUCCUUACGCUUUGAUUGCUAUUCAAUUUUCUCGUGUGGUCGACAGAAGACUACAAGUUCGAGGCAUGGUACUAGGAAAAGCAAAUCGGCAGUUUCCUUAAGUAACGCUUACAGGAACAGCCUGCGUGUUGCAAGAGAGAACAAUAUUCAUUAUAUUGCAUUUCCUGCCAUAUCUUGUGGUGUUUUUGGAUACCCGUAUGAAGAAGCUGCAACCGUGGCCAUAUCUACAAUCAAAGAGCAUUGCAAUGCCAUUAAAGAGGUUCAUUUUGUGCUUUUUACGGAUGAUAUUUACAAUGUUUGGUUGAAAAAGGCGGGAGAGUUGCUCCCAAAUUAGCAUUUGUUUCGACUUCAGAUGUCUGCCUUUAUUGAAAUUAUGAACUCUUAUUAGCUUAAAUAGGGGCCUGCCCAAACCGAAACAAAUCAACUAGUUUAGCCGGUUUCAGAUUAUACGGUUCAGCUCAUGGUAUAUGGUUUGAAAAACAGGCUUGAUGGUGCGGUUCACGUUUUGGAACUUUGGAGGCGUUGUAUAAAACUAUCCUACAGUUAUCAUUUAACUUUUGUUUUAUUUUUUUUAAGGGUGGUCAUAUUUAUGAUAUUAGAUAUUCAUGAAUCA